UAAACAUCCAAAAACAAUUGAGAAGAAGUCUUUGAGAAAAGGGUCAAAGUAAACCUCUUCAUCUUUCUAUGUGCCUCUUCUUGUUAAGGACUAUUCUUGAUUUUUUCUUACAGGAAAGUUCGGAAAUUUCUGAGUUUUAGAGGGUGAAACGGCUAUCUUUUGAAUUCAAGCUAGCAUUUGUUUGAGCACUUGUGGAAACUCAUGAUGGGCCGCAAUCUCUUUUAACAAUUCUUUAGCAAAUUUUUGUGUUUUGGAAGCUAUCCAGAGCUGGGACUUGAAUGGAAAUGUGUAUUUGCAAAUAAUUUGUAUGAUCAGGUGGGAGCUGCUUCAAUUGAAUUUAUCAGGCUACCCUUUUCCGAAAGCUCCGCAGGACCACCUACCACUAGUCUUCGGCCGGAGGGGUUUAUUGCACUUGGACGAUUCUAUUCCUACGAAUAGAGACCGCAGAGGAAGGCGUUGUCACGAGACCCGCAGGAAAUCAAGGUGAUAACACUUUUGGUUGGUUGUAUCUGUAUGUUGGGAAUCUGAUAAGUUGAUCUUCCCUGUCAGUAAGGAUUUGUCACUUGUAGUUGAGCUUCGUCUUGUGAGUUUCAUUUCAAGGGGUUGUGAUUUGGAUUUGAACUUACCAUGGAUGAAGCUCCUUGCAGCGUCAAUGCACUGCCUCCGUUUAUUGCAAAGAUAUAUGAAAUGGUGGAUGAUCCCUCCACUGAUCCAAUAGUCUCAUGGAGUUCAAACAAUAAAAGUUUUAUUGUUCGUAAUCCUCCUGAUUUUGCAAGAGAUUUGUUGCCCAGAUACUUUAAGCACAAUAAUUUUUCCAGCUUUAUCCGACAGCUGAACACUUAUGGAUUCAAGAAAAUAGAUCCCGAACAAUGGGAAUUCGCAAAUGAGGAUUUUCUUAGAGGUCAGCCACACCUUUUGAAGAAUAUCUAUAGACGGAAACCUGUUCACAGUCAUUCUGUACAGAAUAUUCAUAGCCUCUCAUCAUCUGCAUUGACCGAAUCGGAAAGACAAGGGUAUAAGGAAGAUAUUGAAAAGUUGAAGCAUGAGAACGAAUCGCUUCAUUUAGUUCUACACAGGCAUAAACAGGAUCAUCAAGGACUUGAAAUGCAAAUGCAGGUCCUCAACCAACGUGUCCAACAAGUGAAAGACCGGCAAAAGAACGUGCUGUCUACUUUAGCUCGAACCAUAAAUAAACCAGGAUUAGCUUUGAGUCUCAUGCCACAACUGGAAAUGAAUGAAAGGAAGAGAAGGUUGCCAGGAAACAGUUUUCUUUACAAUGAAACAGGCCUGGAAGAUAAUCAAGCGAGUUCUUCUGAAAAUACGACUAGGGAAAAUAUGGACCAUACUUCUCUUUCGACUCUCAACAAGGAAGUGCUAGAUCAGUUGGAAUCUUCUUUGACCUUUUGGGAGUAUACACUGCGUGACAUUGAUCAAACUAGAAUGAGACGGAGCUCUUCAAUAGACUUGGAUGAAUCUAUCAGUUGUGCCGAUAGCCCUGCUAUAUCUUACCCACAACUAACUGUUGAUGUUGGAUCUAAGGUUUCUGAUAUUGACAUGAACUCUGAGCCUAAUGGAAACACUACUCCUGAUGUUACUCCGCCAGAAAACCGAGUAGAGACUGCUAGUCACAAUGUGCCAACAGGAGUAAAUGAUGUAUUCUGGGAACAAUUCCUUACUGAGAACCCUGGUUCUACUGAUGUAAAGCCGGAGAGAGAAGAUAUGGAGAGCAAAAUAAGUGAAUCCAAAACAGUUGAGGAUGGGAAAUUUUGGUGGAACAGGAAGACUGUAAUUAGCCUUACAGAACAGUUGGGACAUCUUACUCCAGCAGAGUGAAUGUAAUGUGGCAGGGUAUGUACUAUUUUUGAUAGUAAAUGUUUAUUUGCCUGUUUCUUGUUGUAAAUUUAGAGAAAGUGAUUUGUCGGAGUACAUAGAAUUUUGGUAUAUUAACCUUUUUUUUUUGUUUUUGCAUGACAUGAUAUAGUGAAUGAUAGAGUCGAUCAGUCUUAAUGCCUGUCUGGCAUAAUUUCAUGUAUUAUGUAGUUAUAUUCUUUCCAGCCUUGCCUGUCCAUGUUGCCGAUUUGUGUUACAUAAGAUGAGAGUAAUUUUUCUAGCA